AUGCCAACACGACAACUCAAAUCUCAAGCUGAUCUUGAUUUCUCGCUCUCUGAAAGUGGAGUCAUGGGGUAUACAGUACUUUAUAUUUACGACGACAGUUCACCAACUCAUUCACAAUUAAAACCUGCUUUUGAAUUGAUCAGUAGAGAGUGUCCGUUUUCACACUUUUUUACCAUUUCAUAUGAGGAUUGCGAAGGAGAGGGCAUACUUGAGAAGUAUAAAGUAAACACAUUUCCAUAUUUUCUCGUAUUUAAAGGUCAGGACUUAUUUGCACAAUUUGAAUCAGAAACAGCUAACAAUCUGUCAAAACAAUUGAGAAAGUUAAACGUUGCACCUCCCUCACAAACUGAAUAA